AUGUGGCCAGAGCAGCUCCCAACUAAUGUUUUUCAUGGUCCUGGUAUGGGUGCUCCUCUUCUCACUGUUGCAAUUGUUGCUCGUACUCUUGCUCAAUUAUGGAACAAACCUUUAAUUGGAGUUAAUCAUUGCAUAGCACAUAUUGAAAUGGGUCGUCUUAUCACUGGUGCGAAAUCACCCAUCAUAUUGUACGUCAGCGGUGGUAAUACACAAAUUAUUGCUUUCGUUUCUGGGCGUUAUCGAAUAUUCGGAGAAACGAUCGAUAUAGCAUUGGGCAAUUGUUUUGAUAGGUUUGCCCGUAUUGUAAAUCUUUCGAAUGAUCCAAGUCCUGGCUAUAACAUUGAGAAGCUAGCCAAACAGGGAUCCAAAUUUUUCGAGUUACCAUAUGCAGUAAAGGGUAUGGAUGUUUCUUUUGCAGGAUUAUUAUCAUUUUUGGAAGAGCGUGCACCAAAGCUUUUAGAAACUGGUGAAUACACUGUGGCUGAUUUAUGCUUUAGUCUCCAAGAAACAGCUUUUGCUAUGGUUGUAGAAAUUACUGAACGGGCUAUUGCACAUUGUGAUGCAAACGAGGUUCUCAUUGUCGGUGGUGUUGGUUGCAACGUGCGUCUACAGGAAAUGAUGAACUGCAUGGCUGAAGAGCGUGGUGCUAAAUUAUUCGCAACUGAUGAGCGAUUUUGUAUUGAUAAUGGUGCUAUGAUAGCACAUACUGGAUGUCUAAUGUUUGAUGCCGGUUUGACUUUUCCGCUGAAAGACUCUGUUGUCUCUCAACGCUAUCGUACAGAUGCUGUUGAUGCAGUUUGGCGUGAUGAAUAA